CAGCACGCCGCUGGCGUGCCUAAGCUAUUGACUUAAGGAAGCAGAAGAAGAAGUUAUAACGGAAGUGCUACUGGGGGCUAACCCUAACAGCUAGGCUGUCUGACCGACACUGAAUGAGAAAACACUGAUUUCGACUUGAAAAUGAUGAAUUUUCUGCCUAAACUGCUGCUGCUAGUCCUCUUAGCCUUCCCUGCCACCCUUCUCAUCAAAGCUCCGGUGGCGGGCGCCCAGGAUCUGACUGAGGAUGAGGAGGCCGAGGCUGUGGAUGAAGAUGUGGUGGAGGAUGUAACGGCUGAGGACGAGGACGAUGAAGCUGAAGUGGAGGAUGAUGACAACACGGAGCUGACGGAGGAGAAAGACGAGGAGGAGGAGGCGUUGGUCGGAGAGGUGAAGGCUUCGCCCAACGCCGACACCACCAUCUUGUUCGUUAAAGGAGAAGAUUUUCCCGCCAACAACAUCGUGAAGUUCCUGCUCGGCUUCACCAACAAAGGCUCCGAGAACUUCGUGGUGGAGUCUCUGGAUGCGUCGUUCCGUUACCCGCAGGAUUAUCAGUUCUACAUCCAGAACUUCACGGCUCUGCAGCUCGGCACCGUGGUUCCUCCCGGCAGACAGGCCACCUUCGAGUACUCGUUCAUCCCCGCAGAACCGAUGGGGGGGCGGCCGUUUGGACUCGUCAUCAACCUGAACUACAAAGAUGGCAGCGGAAACGUCUUCCAGGACGCCGCGUUCAACCAGACCGUCACCAUCACGGAGCGGGAGGACGGCCUGGAUGGAGAAACCAUCUUCAUGUACGUCUUCCUCCUGGGCCUCGGGCUGCUCGUCGUCGUCGGUCUUCAUCAGCUGCUGGAGUCUAGGAAGAGGAGGCGUCCGGCUCCUAAGGUGGAAAUGGGAACGUCGAGCCACAACGAUGUGGACAUGAGCUGGAUCCCUCAGGAAACGCUCAACCAGAUCAUGCAGAGUCGCAGAGAUAAAGCGUCUCCUAGGAGAUCUCCUCGCAAAAGGAACCAGAAACGUUCCGCCGGCUCAGACGAGUGACGCCGCGGCGCAACGGCGGAGGCCCUUCAUCGCAGGAGGACCGUGAGCUCCACCUGCUGAGAAACUUUCACCAGUGCCAAGCUCAGCGGUUGCUGGUUCGAUUCCUGCUUAGAACUGUUGAACACAACCUCCAGCUGUUUUCCUUUAGCUUAGCCUGAGCGUCUCCACACGACGCUCAGCGGCUCUGUUGUUGUUUUUCUGAGAGAAACCUGCGGAUGCAGGAUUGUUUUUGUUUAUGAUGCCACUCUGGUGUCGACCUCCACGGUUCCACGGCUAAUCGCGGGUUCUCCAGGUGGAACUCGGCUAAAUGCUCCAGUGCUUGGGUUUUUAUAUUCAGGUAGUUUUUUUUAUUCUGGUGUUUGUGAUGACCCGGUUCUGAGUGAUGGAGACACUUUCUCCUCUUCAGAUCUUUGUUUUUUAUUUCAGACUCUGGGAACUCGGCGCCGUCCCGUUAAACUCCUCAGCCAAUCACGAGUCACGGACUAACAUCAGCCUGUAGAACCGACUGUAACCUCAGAGGAUCUGUAGCACUGAUUUGUUUUUGUUGUUUCCCAUGUCUAAUAAAGGACUUCCUGUGAUCGUGGAGCUUCA